CUAAAAUCACACUUUCUUCCAAGACCCACACAAAGUGGAAAAACAAGUCUCAUCCCCUUUCAUCUGAUCUCCUCUCUCUCUAAAUAUUCUCUCUCUUUAGAUUCAUCUCAGAAUUUUUGUUCUUGUGUUUUUUGCAGUUAGGGUUUGGGAUCUGGUACAGUGGUACAGUGAGAAGAAGUAGAAGAAGAAUGAAAGGGGUGAAAGGAAAACUUCUAAAGAAUUUGAAAUCAAUUAAACCCCUUUCAACCCUUAAACAAGCUGAUAGAAUUCUCCAAGCAAAUGGGUUUUCGUUAAAUUCUCUUAUCCCAAAUUCUGAGAGCAGAAUAAAAAAUCAGACGAACCAUCAAUGCAAACCAAAGGUAUUGGAUUCUGAUCGUAUGGAUGUAUCGAUGAAAGAUCUCGAAGAUGAUGAAAUGGAAGAUGAAUUGGGUGAAAACAAAGAAAACAUCGGGCCCAAUAUAAAGGUAAAGGACCCAACAAUGUCUGUUAAAGAUGAUUCAGAGAAUAUUAUCUUAUCAGAUUCAAAGCUUCAGAUUAGGUCAGUAUCACAACUUGAUGUUGAAAUGAUUAAUUCAAGAACUUCACCCACUAGUCUUAAUUCUUCGUUGGAAGAGAUUGAUGUUACAGUGUUUCGGAGACCUGAUUUGAAUUCGCCAACAUUGUUUGAUCCAGAUCUUCUAGAAGCAUUUCAACUGGUAGUGAUGGAGUAUAUGAGAGCUCAAGAAGUAGAGAGAAAAGUUAGAACAGAUGGAGUAAAAGAAGAUGAACCUCCUUCGAAAUCACGGCGUAUCGAGGAAGAAGAAGACCUGUUCUUAGAAUUCGAAGAGAAAUGCCCACCUGGAGGAAAUGAAAAUGUGAUUCUUUACACAACUAGUUUGAGAGGGAUAAGGAAGACGUUUGAAGAUUGUUGCAAGGUUAAAUUUUUGCUGGAGAAUUUCAAAAUUAUGUACUAUGAAAGGGAUAUUUCAAUGCAUUCAGAUUACAGGGAAGAAUUAUGGAGUGUUUUGGGUAGUCGACUAGCAGCUCCAAGGCUUUUUAUUAGAGGAAGAUAUAUUGGUGGUGCCGAUGAAGUACUUGGAUUGCAUGAACAAGGGAAAUUGUUGAAGCUCUUUCAAGGGAUACCAAAAGAUCAAGCUAAUAGUCCAUGUGAUUGUUGUGGCAGCUUUCGGUUUAUAUUGUGUUAUAAAUGCAAUGGAAGUCGGAAAGUUGGGAACGAUGAUGGAAACGAUCUGUUGCGGAUUCAAUGUUCACGGUGUAAUGAGAAUGGCUUGAUUGUAUGUCCCUUUUGUUGCUGAAAUACAAAUUCUCCUUCCCUUUCUGUUGUAGUUUACAUAUUCUUCAAAUUGUAUGAUUCUUGGACUCCAUUAUACUGAGUCGAUCAAAUAAACUUCUCUGUCAGAAGAGAUGAGCUUUUAUAUCUUUACUGAAGCUAUAAACAAGGUGUUCUGCUACCUAG